GGGGGGAGAAGCGGUGUGAGGGGCUCCGGCGGCCUGACAGGACCGGGGGGACGCGGCGGCCCCCGAGCGAUGGCGCAGCGGCUGGCCGAGCUGGUGGAGGAGCUCACCACGGCCGGGGAGCCGCAGCUGGAGCCGGGCAGGCUGAAGGAGCUGAAGAAGAUCUGCAAGUACGAGGCGGCCUCGAAAAUUAACGGAGAAAAAAAAAAAAAAAAAAAAAAGCCUUCUUUUGACCGAAAAAAAAGCAAUUUGUGUGGUAAAUUUUGUCUGUUUUCCCCUCCUUUCAGGUCCUCGGACGAUCACAUCGGCCAUGCCUACCACCUGCUGCUGACGAGGCUGAGGGAGCCGCACGCCCAGGUGCGCCUGUCGGCCUUCCAGGCUGUCCAGGAGCUCUUCGCCAGGUCCCACCGGUUCCGCACGCUGCUCGUCGCCGACUUCCAGGAGUUCUUGGAGCUGGCGGUGGGCACCGAGCACCGGCAGCCCCUCCCGCCGCCCGCUGAGGUGGCACAGAAGCUGAGGAAGGCUGCUGUCCGCUGCGUGCAGGACUGGCACGACAAGUACGGGCAGGCCUACAAGAAGCUGGCGCUGGGGUACCACUAUCUGAGGCAGAAUAAGAAGGUGGACUUUCAAGACGUGCGUGCCAGAACCGUGGCUGAAAGGCAGAGGGAAGAGGAGAAGCAAAAACGAUUAGAUAACAUUUACAAAGAAAAAGCCAAAAGAGCUGAAAAAGAAAUGGCAGAAAUGUCCCAAGAGAUUGCUGAAACACUGACAGAGAUGGAGAACUGUUUCCGGCUUCUGAUGCCAGAUCCUUUUGAGUUCACUGUGAAUGACACAACUCUGGAACCUCACAAAGAAAUGACUGCUAAUGAGGAUAGUCCUGCUCCCCCCUUGUCCUCCCAGACAGAAGUUACCCAGUCAUAUGUCGGAUGCCUGGAUGAUGAACAGCCUUGCUGCAGCAAGGACAUCCUUUCUGCUUCUCAGGGUGUUAGAACUGAGAAAAAUGAAGAGUUAGAUGACAAACAGGAGACGCCUGAGCAAAAAGAAUUAAAUGGAGGCACAUCCUCGGGAGUUGAAUCUGGUGUCCUUGCUCUCCACGAUGAUGAUUACGAAACUUUUGUUAGGAACCAUGGGCUUAUUUCUCAUAAGUAUUCUCUAGACCUUGAAAUCUCCACAGAUUUAAAGGUACACGAGAAUGAAGACAAUACUGCUGUAAUAAACAAUGUUGUGGAUGCUCACAAACUCCUCAGAAAUAAGUUCUUGCCUUCCGUGCAGUCCUGGAUUCAGUUAUUUACCAGAGCAGGAAUAAAUGAUGAUCGGCUGAGAUGUGCCAUUGAUCUGAAGAACAAACUGGAGACUGCUUUGAAGAAAUACAAGGAAAUGAACAUUUGCUUUAAAGAGAGAAAUGUGAUGAAAGCCUCAGAUGAUGAUGACGAUGAUGACGAUGAUGACGAAGAUGAAUUUGUGGAGGUCCCUGAGAAGGAAGGUUAUGAGCCCCACAUUCCAGACCACCUGCGUAAGGAAUAUGGGCUGGAGCCUCAGUCACCCCCAAAAGUACCAGUGAGGAAGACUGGACCAGCAGGACCAGCUCCAGCGAGCUCCCGAGCCCAGCUGAAAGGGAAUGAAGAUGAACUUGACCCAACUUGUGCAGCUGCAACACUGAAACUCAUCAGAGACAAACUGCCAAAGUUAACACCUCCAGAUGCCAGCGAGUCUGCAUCUACUGAGCCAGCAGCUUCGGAAGAGCCUGACAGUAAGAGAAGAAAACUAGAAGAGGAAAGAGCUAAAGCUCCCCUCAUGCCUUUUGGGUUAGAUCUUCACUACUGGGGACAGGAUCAGCCAAGCGCUGGGAAGAUUCUCAAAUUUUCUUCUGAACAUCGAUUUUGGGCACCCAGUGAAGUAGAGGAAGAGGUGGAAAAUAAUGAAAUAGCUGAAAUGUUAAAAACUAGAUAUAUAACAUUUGCUGGCAAGUUUGAACCAGUGAAGCAUAAAUGUCGAGCGCCCAUGCCUGAUGGAAGUCUGUGCGAAAGACAAGAUCGGAUUAAGUGCCCUUUCCAUGGAAAGAUAAUUCCUCGGGAUGACCUUGGGAUUCCUGUUAAUGCAGAGGACAGAGCCAGAGAAGAAAAGAUACGGUUUGAGAAGCAAGCAGCUCAGCCAGAGUGGCGAGACCCAGAAUUCAUGAGAGAAGUUGAAGCAGCUACGGGAGUGGAUCUCGGUUCCUCUAAAAAUGACGGGAAAGGAGGGAAAAAGAAAGGGAAGAGGAAGAAAUACCCAAAUCUGACAGACCUGAAGCAGCAGGCCAACACUUCUCGUUCACGGCUUGAGAAGAAAGUCUUCAAUAAAGGGGCUGUGAAACGGGUGGUGAAAGCGAUGAAUCAAAUGGACCAAAGAAAGCAUGAGAAGUUUGCCAACCAGUUUAACUAUGCACUGAAUUAAAUUGUAAUAGAACAAAGGGCAAGAAGACUAACAAGACUGCAGCUGCACAAAACCCUUAGCACAGGCCUUCAUCUUUAAACUAAAAUAUGGUGCUAUAUGUAUUUUUACUGGGGUUAUUUUUUAAAUUAUUUUCAACUUCUAAUAUAUUUUAUAAAGAACAUGAAUUUUUGGCAAAGAUACAGUGGUGUAUCAUUGCAUUUAACAAGUUGAUAAUUAUUUGAAAUGUACAUGAAAUAGAACUUAUUUUAUGAUUUGUACAUACUCUGAAUAAAAUGGUCGUGUUUUUUUUUUUGCCUUCUUAAGGGACUCACAUAAUUUAUACCUUGUCAGCAUGCGUUGUAAUUUGUCUUGACUUUCAUACCUUCAGAAAGAUACCUUAGAAACAAUAUCAAUUAGAUUUUUUUAAGCCAGAGUUGGCAAUCCAUGGAGUACUUGCUCAGCCUACUAUUCUAGAAAGAGUACCACAUCAAGCAGCCCUCUAGCCCCUGCAGUACCUCUGAAGGCCUCUUGCAUACAUAUGAAAAAAGAUGCCAUUCAAUUGAUGUCUUCUGAUAAGAAAUGGAAGAAAGUGUGAUUCCAGCAGGUCCAGGAGCUAAUUCAAAUUCAGUAGCUGUGGCACCGGUGUAGAAGCUGAACUGUUGAAGUUAGUCCUGGUCUGCCUCUUGUCUUCCCAAGAUGCUCUCCCAGUAUCUUUCAGAACUGAAUCUAGAAAGCACAUUAUGAAAAGUUGUGGAGAUAUGGGGUAUGUGCUGGGGUUUAAGUGAUACCAAAAAAAAAAUAAAGCUGCAGUACAAAGUUUUAAAAAAUUACUUGGGUGGCUUACUGCACAAGUGAACUGCUUGGCUUGUAUCAGCACUCAACCCCAAGAGUGCAUCUAAGGACCUAAAUACAAACACAACCAUCUAGACUCCUCUGACUCCAGAGGUUUAACACACAUUGAAAUCAAGCAACUGAAUCUGAUGUGACUUAUUGGCUGAGUACUUAGAUCUCUCAUACCUGCUUUACUGGCUCUAGUCAUGCCUAAAGUAGAGUGAAACAAACAUUGACCAGUUGUGCUCUUGGUGGGUCUCAUACAGCUUUUAUGGGUGAAGAAAAUCAAGAAUAUCAAGGAGGGUAGCGUGUGAGAAAUUCAAUUUUAAAGUUAACUUCCAGUAAAACACAAAAUACAAAUUAGAAUGGAUUCUCUAGAGCACUGGCUUAGUCGCUCACCUAUUUGAGAUAUUUCCUCAUGCAUCAAGAGUCCCUAAGAAUUAAAAUCCUCAGUGUAGCUUCUGACCACCUCAGACAAAACAAUUUACAGCUCUGCCAAAUACCUCUUGAUUUGAGCAAGUACUGCUGAGAAAACAAUUAACAUUUACUCUUGAUAAUUUAUCUUGCAGGUCUUUACAGUUUGGAAGAUAUUUUCCUCUCCAAUACAUAUUUAGAAAUAUACUCCUGAACUACAACAAAUAAUAAAUAGCUAGCAGCUGUUUAAGCAGGAAUUUCAAAGGUACUUACUGCACUGGAAAUCAGAGCCACAUCUACUAGCUGUCUAGCUAACUUGGUAAUGAAGGCUGCAGGUGAGAGUGUAGACAGCAACAAACCAUGUUCAUCACCAGGUCAGUUGAAACAACUGCUAAAUUGAUUUUAUUUGUUAGCAAAGAUAAACAAACAAAAAAGCAACAACACAAAAGGCAAAGCUGACACACUUGAGUGCAGUAUAGAUCAUUGGAUGCUGAUAUUACAGAACAGUCCAAAUGAAUCUGGAAAUGAAGAUUUGUGAUAGUC